CCAGCUUCGGCCUUCAAGGGUCUGACGGCCUUACCACCCGUCCUUGAUAUACGUAUCCACUUUAAGUGUCUGCACGUGGGCUCAAGAUCCAGGAAUCCUGGCUCAGUCACGCACUCUACACUCUACGGUUCCACGUAGGCAUGGGGAACUCACUUCUUGGGAGCUCGUCUGGCAGCUGCUUUGUGCAGCUACACCAGAUUGUUUAUUCGCCUGGCGACGUAAUCGAGGGCGUCAUACAUCUCAUGAUUUCCGUGCCGUGCAACAUCACGAGCGUCGAGUUGAAGAUAUCAGGCAAGGAAUUAACGUACUGGUGCGAGCGGAAGCAGGAGACGAUAGCAGAGGGUGCAGGCGAGGUUCGAAGAACUCGUUCGAGCGACAAGUAUUACCAUCAUCACGGAAGGCGGUCGAUCUGUAAGGUGCGGGUGCCCGUAUACACAGCUAAUGGUGCUUACCUGCCUCCGGGGCAGUACUCCUUCCCUUUCAAGGUGCAGCUGCCUGCAAACAUCCCGGGCACUUUUCACCUCAAUGAUUUUCCGGGCACUCGGAGGACACAUGGGGAGCGUUUCAAUUGCACGUGCGAGUACAAAAUGAAGGGUAUUGCAGUUGUGCAGGGCAUGUUGAAGUCAAACAUCAAGCACCAGCAGAUGCUGCAAAUAGUUGAGCGGCCACCUCCAAUUGUUGGUGUCGCGAUAGAGGACAAUGUGCAAGUGAAUAUCUGCUGUUGCCUAAACAGGGGCGAUUUCUUCAUCUCCAUGCGUGCAGAGAAAAAUGCUUUUUGCGGUAGCACGGGUGAGGCGGUUCGAAUGGUGGUGGAGAUGGAGAAUCGUACCGAGUACGAUGUUGACACCAUCCACAUGGAGCUCAUCCAGAGGGUCAGGAUGAAGGCGCAACACGUGCAGGAGUCAUUUGAGAGCGGCGAGUACAACCACAAGAACAUGCGCCACGGAUGGAAUCAAUACGGGAACCACAACAAGACAUUAUUUAAGGAGACGAUCGCAAAACAGGAAACGUUCCCAGGAAUUGGCCAGGGAGAAGUGCAGCGUGGAGACAGGGCACGGCUCAUCGAGAUGCAGCUUGUCCACGCGUUGGAGCCGCAGUGCCUUGGCUACAUGAUCGAAUGCGCUUACUUUUUGCGCGUCUACGCUUACAUCCAGUGUGCUACCAACCCAGAUGUGAAAGUGCCAGUCUGCAUCUAUGCCCCGCAGCCACCGCCACAGGCCUGGCAGGCCCCACAACCACCACCUGGGUGGAACCCGCAGAUUUUGUCCCCAACGAGCGUUACUGUUCCUAGUGUCGCCGCCCCUCCUUCGCAGGCAGAUUUCUACAGGGGCUUCUACGCUUCGGCGCCACCAAUGGAAACUCCGAUCGUGGGACAGCCUGUAGCCGUGGAGAUGUCACCAGGACAGGCGUCUCAGGCUCUGAGGUCCUCCUGAUCUGUUUUCAGUAAGAUCACAUAGUUAUCAUUACCUAUUUCUGUUUGAGACACGCAGGGGAGGACAGAAGGAGCGAUUGAAUGGGCAGACGGUGGUGAGAGGUCCUUCUUUUUACACGAGUUCAUUUUGGACAGGCUUGCUUGUACGGCGUACUAAAUUUGCCUGCCGUCCAUCGCAUGAUCCAGCCACGUUUCUCGUCCUUUUUGUUUUCCCCCCUGCAAGGGAAGCCCGGUCCACCGGCUGCGAGCAGUUAAGUUGCCGACGUGUUAUUCCCAUAGUGAUUUAGUUGUUCAUAGCAGCAACUCUCGUUGUCUCCCAUUUUGCCCGCCAUUUCCAGCGGUGGUGCGACAGAAAACGAUGUGCCGGCUGACGUGUGUGACUAGUGUCUAGUGUUUAUGCUCGUUUCACAUCGACUCGUGAAAAAGAACGUCGCGACGUACCCGACCCAUCUGC